AUGGAACACUACGAACAUUCUAAGUUCGGCAUCAACUGGGCCGAGUAUCAAACAAUGUUUCCGGGAGAAAGCAAAAGUGUCACAAUCAACCGAAUGACUGAAAUAGUGAUGAUACAGUCACUUAUGGAGAAAGCGUUGAAACUUCUGGAUAGAGGAAUCAAAAUCCAAAAACCAAUCGUCUUGAACCCACACUGGAGGGGUCUUGUUGAAGAGGAAAAGUGGAAGGGAAAUUGGCUCAGUUACAGAGACCACCAGAGUCUCUCCCACAAGAUAGAGAAGCUCAACUUCAUUGAUUUGAAGUACCGUGUUCUCUUGCUCUUCGUUACAUCCAGACGCGUGACUGCUCAAUUUAAGAAAGAGUUGGUUGAGGCUCUGUGUACUUGUCGAUACGAUGAGCACAAUCGGAUUAAAAGUUGCAAUGAAAAGAAGAAGGGGAAGAAGAAUGAGAAAAUUCGGAAGGAUGAAGAGCAAGAUGACAACGCGGAGGUUGACGACAAUGAAGACGACGAAAUGAAAGCGCAGGAUGAGUUGCUGUUGACAUUGAAAGCAGAAACUGAAAUGAAGACGUUGACGGAACAACAAAUGCUGUCACUUCUCAAAAACAUUGCGAAAACUGUCGUGGAAUCUGAACAUGAGGAGGGAGACGUAUUGAAAGUAAACAAAUACGUCAUUAUGGAUGCGCUCGAUUUGAUGGCGUGGGGACUCGCGGGAUGCGACAAUUCGGAGCCACUUGGAAUGAUAUGA